CGGGCUCCCGGUAACUUCCGGUUGUUGGUACGGCAGCGGUUGUGGCGGAGUGACGCAGAGCUCGGCCGCCAUGAUCGAAGUCGUCUGCAACGACCGUCUGGGUAAAAAAGUGCGGGUAAAAUGCAACACCGAGGAUUCCAUCCGCGACCUGAAGAAGUUGAUCGCGGCACAGACCGGGACCCGUUGGGAUAAAAUUGUGCUCAAGAAGUGGUACACCAUCUUUAAGGAUCACGUCACGCUGGGCGACUAUGAGAUCCACGACGGGAUGAACCUGGAGCUCUACUACCAGUAGCGAGUGGCUGCCGUUCCCCCCCGGUUCCCCCACCACCACCCGUGCUCUCCUCCCUCCCAGUCCCCGUUCUACAUCCCCGUUCUGCCGGUUUUCCCCAGCUGGCGCCAUGUUGAGGCUCUAAACCUGCUGUAGCUGCCCUUGGAGUGUUUAAGUGAUUUAUAAUAAACGUGUCUCUCGA